AUGGAAGAAGGCGAACUCUCUUCAUCGCAACACGAUCCACUCUACAACGCGCUCCACCAACGACUCGUCGCGUCGGGGGAGUGGCAGCGUCUGCUCAUCCUGCUUCGACGCAUGCUCGACGAGUCCGGUUGGGAGACCGAGUUCGACAACUUUGCAACGGCCAAAGCAAAGACGCAGCCGGUGUUGAGCGUGCCUGCGUUGAUCGACGUGCUUACUCCGCAUGCUAAAGUGACAUGCGAGGUCGGCUGUUGGCAGGAUCGGAACAAAGCGUGUCAGUGUCGCGUAAAUGUCGGAUCCAUCCGAAAGCAGUCGAUCCUUACCUCUGCACACGUAGUCAUGUCCACGCGCGUCGUCGAAUGCAGCAGGAACUCAAGAACCGAUCAAGGAAGCAAAAAACACCAAAGGUCAGCAUCACAUCGCUCUACGGUCCUUGCGCUCUCUCGUCAUGAUGACCCACCCAACAUCUUUGCCUUGACCACCUCGGCUAUCGACCUGCUCAGCGUGCGGUUCUUGUCCUUGUCCGACUUGUCCCACGAUGCAUUCCGAAGCCGUGUCAUCAGUGUGCUCGAGAGAUAG